GAAAGAAAAUGGCAACAAUUAGAAAAGACUCUUGUUACUUGCUACUCACUUUCACCACUUUCGCAGCUUUGCUUCCUUUUCCCUCUCUCUGUCUUUCUGCUCUGGCCUCUUUCUCACAUACCCACAUCCCUCUCUCGCUCAAAACUACGUCUCCUUCAUGGAUUUCUUUACGUAUCUUUCACUUUUGUGCAGCUUGUGCUUGAUCUGAUAUGGGUUUAAUUCCUCGCAUUUUGGUUAACACCACCACGACUUGCCGAGGAUGAAAUUCGAAGACUAGCGCUUCCCAGAUUUCUGGGUUUGCUUCUAUUUCUACACUAAGGAAGUUUUUGAAUUGGGCAUGGUGGGUAAAGAGGAUGCCUCGAGUAGUACUCGGGCUCCCUGCCAGUUAUCCGGCAACCGUAGAAUGUUUUUGCGCUCGGCGUCGUGGUCCUCUUCCCGUGUUGCCUCUCAAAACCCGGAUGCUGAAGAAAAGGAAUGUGGGGAUCCAAAUGGUACUGGAGGAAAGAGUAACGGGCAGAGUCGGAGGUUCCCUCCGUUAACCCCGCGAUCCCAGCAGAACUGCAAGGCUCGGUCGUGUUUACCACCGCUACAGCCACUGGCUAUUGCUCGCCGGAGCUUGGAUGAGUGGCCGAAGGCGGGGUCAGAUGAUAUUGGUGAAUGGCCGGGACCUCCUACCCCCAGUGGGAGAGGGAAUGGGGAGAGGUUGAAGCUGGAUUUGUCAUCACUUCAGCGAAACCCGGAUAAGAAUGGUGGGCUUGUGAAGAGGGAUAAGAUUGCUUUCUUUGAUAAGGAGUGUUCAAAAGUGGCCGAACAUGUGUAUCUUGGUGGGGAUGCGGUUGCGAGAGAUAGAGAUAUACUAAAACAGAAUGGGAUUACUCACAUUCUAAAUUGUGUAGGUUUUGUUUGUCCUGAGUAUUUCAAAGCCGAUUUUGUGUACAGAACUUUGUGGUUACAGGACAGUCCGUCCGAAGAUAUUACUAGUAUUCUAUAUGAUGUUUUUGACUACUUUGAAGAUGUUAGAGAACAGAGUGGAAGGGUUUUUGUUCAUUGUUGCCAAGGGGUGUCUAGGUCCACAUCCUUGGUUAUUGCGUAUCUUAUGUGGAGAGAAGGGCAGAGUUUUGAUGAUGCUUUUCAGUAUGUCAAGGCGGCAAGGGGCAUUGCUGAUCCAAAUAUGGGUUUCGCUUGCCAGUUGUUACAGUGUCAAAAGAGGGUUCAUGCAUUCCCUCUUAGCCCGAGUUCUUUAUUGAGGAUGUAUAGAAUGGCUCCGCACUCACCGUAUGAUCCUCUGCAUCUUGUCCCAAAAAUAUUGAAUGAUCCUUCUCCGUUUGCACUGGAUUCUAGGGGCGCCUUUAUUGUUCAUAUACCUUCUGCAAUAUACGUUUGGAUUGGCAAGAAAUGUGAAGCCAUCAUGGAAAAAGAUGCAAGAGGCGCUGUUUGUCAGAUUGUCCGGUAUGAGAGAGUGCAAGGACCGGUAAGGAUGAUCAAGGAAGGGGAGGAACCGGCUCAUUUUUGGGAUGCUUUCUCGCACCCCUUACCUUUGAUGGAUAAACCUAGCAAUGGUGUGGAGAUUAGGGAAUCAACAGUCAACAUUUGCCCAGGUGAAAGGAAAGUGGACUCAUAUAAUGUUGAUUUUGAGAUUUUCUACAAAGCUAUUAUGGGGGGCUUUGUGCCUCCAUUUGCAUCAUCAGAGAAUGAACAUGAAACCCACCUUCCUUCUAGAGAAAACACUUGGAGUGAACUAAGGCGUAAGUUUGCAUCUGGUUAUAUGAAGGAGUUUGUGGCGGCUCCUAAAUUGUACCUCUCUAGGGUCUACUCAGAUUCUAGGAUGGUAGUGCGUUCAUCUACAAAUUUAUCAUCACCUUCAUCAUCAUUUUCAUCAUCUGUGUCAUCGUCAUCUUCUACUUCUUCACCUCCUUAUCUCUCUCCAAAUUCUGUCUCUUCUGAUUCAAGCACUAAUUCGAAGUGUUCUUCAGAAUCCUCUCUGGAUUCCCCUUCUGCAGCUUCACGUUCUCUUCCAGUAUCUUCAACUUUGUCUAGCCUUUCUAACUUGUCUCUCUUGUCAUCCAAAACUUCUAAUGGUCCACAAAUUGCUGGUGUCAAUGUUAAUUCACAGCCAUGUUCUAAAUCAACUUCUGUUAUGUCCAAAAUAUUUUCACCUUCCCUUGCAGAGCGUAGGGGUAGUUUAUCCAAGUCUCUGAAGCUGCCGCUGUUGGCUGAUAAUAUGAGGGCGACAUAUACUCCCUCAAGUUAUCUUGCUGGUGAAGUAGAUGGUGUUAGGAUAAACGAGGGUACUUGUUCGCCAUGUGAACUGGAUAGGAUAGAAGAUAUCUUAGAGUCCAAGGAUGCAGUUAGAAGUGGAGAGGGAGAUUUAACUCAAGUAUGGAGAAAACAUCCCUUGGGAAAAAUUCAGGGCUCUGCUGCCUCAAAUGGGAUGGAGGAAAGUAGUUCAACAACUAGUAAAAUUAUGCAACCUUUAGUGUGUAGGUGGCCCAGUUUAGAGAAAAUUGCUACAUUUGGGGCGAGUGAAAUGAACUCCAAAGAUGCUUUCGCUGUUUUCUCUCCAGGUUUAGGCAAAAAUGAGAAUGGGAUAUUAUAUUUUUGGGUAGGAAGGUCUUUUGAUCAUGAUGAAAAUCAAAUUCGAUUGGAUAGUAACAAAGAGUUAAAUGAUCUGAAAGAGCUUGAUUGGAAUCAAGUUGGUCGCGCUGCUCUUACCCAAAUGGGUCUUCCGAAAGACACUACUGUCAAGAUUGUUAAAGAAGAUGAAGAGCCCGUAGAGCUUCUUGCAUUGUUGAGUUCGUUGUAGUGGCAAUGCAAAGAGAUUCUGCAAUCCAGUGCCUUAAAUCUUUCUCUGUUUCUUUGGUUGGCUUAAUUGCACUGCAACUUUCUCAGGCAUCAUAUUGAACUUUCCCUUGCAAAAACCGGUGAGGAGGCUGAUUUUAAAGUUCUUUGUGGCUCUUCACCUGGUUGUACAGUUCUGUAACACCUUCAUUCUCUAAUCUCUAGGACCAGUGAACACUCAUUUUCUUGCAUAAUGAAUCAAGUCUGACAAACUGAAUUUUCUUGUAUAUUAGCAAAUUAGAAACAAUCUGAGGGCCUUAGUGGAAUAAUAGAUUCGUUGAUAAUUUCUUUUGCUGGUUAA